GGCAUGUACUUAAGUGCUUCUAUUAUGCGAGCUGCAGUUAGUUAAGCUUUAACGGCCAACUGUUCAAGAUGAAGAGCGAAAUAUUUGUUUUGGCCAUUUUAGCCAUGCUUAUGGCCAUCGUCAGUGCAACGAAAGUGCGUUAUGAUAAUUACAAAGUCUUUAAAAUCAGGACACAAAAUCUAGAACAACAAAAAUGGAUCGAGCAGUUAGCUAGCGAUUCAAAGAAUUUUAAUUUGUGGCACAGUGGCAAAGGAGAGGUCCACAUAAUGGUCAAUCCACAAAAAUUGAUAUAUCUACAAAAUUAUACACGAUCGUAUAAUAUGCCUUUUGAAGUCAUGGUUUCUAACGUACAAAGUCUUAUUGAUGGUGAGCAAACCGCUAAAACGGCAGAUGAUCUUAACGAUUUCGGUUGGACGCGUUAUUAUCCCUUAUCUGCAAUUGAAACUUUCAUAGACGAUAUACUUGCCAAAUACCCCGAUGUUACCAGUCAAAUAGAUAUUGGCACGUCUUUUGAAGGACGCGAAAUACGCGGCGUUAAAAUAUCUUACAAGGAAGGUAACCCAGGUAUAUUUAUUGAAUCGAACAUACAUGCACGUGAAUGGAUAACAUCGGCGACGGCCACUUGGUUAAUUAACGAACUACUUUCUUCAGAAGAUGCAGAUGUUAGAAAAUUGGCCGAGAAUCACGAUUGGUAUAUUGUGCCAGUUCUGAACGUGGAUGGCUUUGUCUACACACAUGAAACGGACCGCAUGUGGCGUAAGACUCGCCAACCGGUAGAGGGUUCGAGUUGCAUUGGUGCCGAUCCGAAUCGCAAUUACAAUUCACAUUGGUUGGAAAGUGGCGGCGCUUCCUCGAAUCCUUGUGACGAGACAUACGGUGGUCCACAACCAUUUUCGGAGUCGGAAGUUAAAGGCCUUGCCGACUAUGUCACGAGCAUUAAAGAUCGCAUUAAUAUUUUCCUCGCUUUUCAUUCAUACAGUCAGGUUUUACUUACACCUUAUGGUUGGACAAUAGAUCCCCCCACGAAUUAUGCUGAUUUAGUUGCCGUGGCGAAGGCGUAUUCCGAUGCAGUACUCCAGUUGCCUUAUAAAACAAGUUAUACUUACGGCGCAACAGCUGAUGUGAUGUAUUUCGCCUCUGGUUGUGCCAAUGACUGGGCCUAUAGUGAGGCAAAUAUUCCGCUUUCCUACACAAUUGAAUUCCGUGAUACAGGGCGCUACGGUUUCAUCCUACCUCCAAUACAGAUAUUACCACAUUGUGAGGAUACUCUUACUGGUUUGUUGGCACUUGUGGAAAAGGCCGACGAAUUGGGUUACCUCGAGCCUAAAUACACAUAAGUUGAGAGGCUAAAAUUUAUACACGAUAUAUGUAAAUUUUUAUAUGAAAUGAA